AUGCUGCUCGGGUAUAGGUUCGGCAGUUACUUGGUGCAUAGAUUUGACAAUUGGCUCAACGGUACGUCUGCAAACAGGCUCUGUCAGGACUCCGUGCGCCGCUGCGUUGGGCACAAGUGCGAGCGAGGAGGGGCGGCGCCAGGCGCGUGGAGAAGGGAAGGUGACAGCGCGCAAGUGACUGGGGCUCGAGGGAGGGCCGGGCCAGCAGCUGCAGCUGCAGCUGCCACUGCCACACACGCGGGCCGUGGCUGCACGGCGAGGGGCGCGGCUACAGGGGCAGGCGCGCUGGACGAGCUGCGCGAGCGGGGUGGGGGGGAGGCGGAGGGACGAGCGAGAGGGGACGCGCAGCAAGGGUGCACAGAGGGAGGCGAGAGGAGCGAAGGGGGCGAGAGGAGCGAAGGGGGCAGAGGCGAGGGGAUGGUGGCGCACGGCCCGACAGGCGGUGCGUGCGAGGAUGAGGCGAGCGCCGCGCGCCGAGGCCGCGGGUGGCAGCGAGAGGAGCGGGCGGAGGGGCGGGCACGGGAGGCGGGGGGCGAGCAGCGGGUGAUUGUGAUUUCGGGCCCCACGGCCGUGGGCAAGUCGCGCCUGGCGCUGGCCGUGGCGCAGGCGGUGCGCGGCGGCGAGGUGGUGAGCGCGGACUCCGUGCAGGUGUACCGCCACCUCAACGUCGGCUCCGCCAAGGCCUCCCCCGACGAGCAGCGCCGUGUGCCCCACCACCUGCUGGACAUCCGCGAGCCGUGGCAAGGUGGCGGGGCCGUGCAGUGGGGGGGAGGCAAGAAAGGUGGGUUAUGGAAUGGUGCGAGUGAGGUGCAGGGUGCGUGCAGGGAGGGAGGAAGGCAAGGUAGUUUGAUGAUGGCGACGACACAGACACGGCGUCAGCAGCACCCUGUCAGCAGCACCCUGCCAGCAGCAGCAUGUCAGCAGCAGCAUCCCCCCUCCUUUCCCCGUCAUCCCCCAUCCUCCCCCCCCGUCAUCCCCCAUCCUCCCCCCCCCGUCAUCCCCCCUCUUUCCCCCAUCAUCCCCCCUCCUUCCCCCAUCAUCCCGCCUCCUCCCCACAUCAUCCCCCCUCCUUCCCCCAUCACCCCCCCUCCUCCCCCCGUCAUCAACCCUCCUCCCCCCAUCAUCCCCCCUCCUCCCCCCGUCAUCCCUCCUCCUCCCCCCAUCAUCCCCCCUCCUUCCCCCAUCAUCCCCCCUCCUCCCCCCAUCGUCCCCCCUUCCCCCCUUUCAUCCCGCUCUCCCCCCCCAGAGUUCACGGCGGGCGACUUCUACGAGGCGGCGCGGGCGGCGGUGGAUGGCGUGGUGCAGCGGGGGGGCGUGCCGGUGGUGGUGGGCGGCACGGGGCUGUACCUCGCAUGGCUGCUGCACGGCCGCCCCGCCACGCCCCCCUCCUGCCCCAACCUGGAGCGCACCGUGGCCGCCGAGAUCCACGCCGCUGUCAUGCGCGCCCGGCGGGCCAGGAGGGGUAAGAGGAGCGUAGGGGCGGUUGGUGGGGCAGAAGAGGCAGCAGGUGGGGAUGCAGCAGAGGGAGUGAUGGAAGGACGGGCGUCAGCAGCGGACAUAGUGAGGGGCGGCUUGGAGAUAGCAUUGAGUGCCGACGAGAGGAGCGAGGAGGGCAACGAUGGUGCGGGUGUGGGUGUGGGGGGAGGUGGCAUGGUUGUGGGGGGAAUGGAGGGGGAGACGGGGCAGGACGAAGUGUGGACAGGGGGAGAGGCGAGGGAGCGGGGGUGGGCGAGCAGGCAGCCGCGUGUGCGGUACACAGAGGAGGGCGACUGGGAGGCUGCUCUGGCUGCUCUUGCUGCUGCGGGCGACCCAAUCACUGCAGGCCAGCUGGCACGGAAUGACUGGUACCGGCUGACCAGGGCAUUUGAGAUCCUCAGGGCCACGGGUCGGCCUCGAUCCGAGAUCACCGUGCCUUCCCACCACGCCAAACACACCGCCCCCCCUGCUGCUGCUGCUGCUGCUGCUGCUGCUGCGGCCUCCUCGCCACCACCAUUCGCCUUCCACUGCUUCUUCCUGGACGCCCCUCGCCUGCCGCUGUACCGCCGAAUAGACAGACGCUGCGAAGAGAUGGUGCAAGGCGGGCUGCUGGAGGAGAGUCUAGCGCUGCUGCGCGCGGGGCUGCUGCCCGACUCCUCCUCGCCCACGCGCGCAAUCGGCUACCGCCAGGCCAUGUGCUUCCUGCUGCACUGCCACCGCCUCAUGGAGCAAGUGGGGAGCAGUGAGGAGCCAGGGCAGCAAGGGCAGCAGGUGGAGGUGCAGGUGGCGCUGCAGGCUGCGCUGGUGGCGUUCAUCUUGGAGUUCCAGCAGGCGUCGCGGCGCUACGCCAAGCGCCAGAUCACGUGGUUCCGUUCCCAACCGCUCUUCCAAUGGCUGCCCGCCCAUACCCCCCUGGACGAGCUAGUGGAGAUGGUACUGCGGGACUUUGAUGGGUCCAUGCGUUCGGAGGGGCAGGCGGGUGGGGAGGGGAGGGGAGGGGCAGAGAGCAAGGGGAGGCAGGGUGGUGGUGGAGAAGACGGCAGUGGAGGGGCGUGGGACAAGGCGGCCAGCGCGUGA